CGACCAGCUGGUGUAGCGCGGUGUGCCGCGCCGCUCGUCUCCUCGUGCUGUCGUCCGUCCACUCGCGUGAUACAUCUUCUCCGCCCGGCGCGAGCGAGUGCGUUUCCUCUCUGUGCGUCGUCGUUUAUCGUGCCGUCCCGCCCGCGCUGAUUAUUGACACACGUGGCGGCCGAUAAGAAUUUGUGACGGUCGAAGUUCGCGAAGAAGAAGGGGAAUAAAUAAGGGGUGCGCGCGCGAGAGAGCGAGACAGAGAGAUCUCGGCCAGUUUCCGCUCCGCGAUGCUCCGUAAAAGCGUGCUCCACCCCGCUCUCGACCUGCUCGUCUUAAUUUCGUCGUAAUCGUCGAUUCGAGCCAUCGUCUAUCGCAUUCCGCGGCGCGCGUCUCUCGCGCGAAGAUAUAAAGGAGCGGCGAGCCUCGCGAUCUAGUCUCAUCUCUCGUCUCUCCGCGAUAUAUCUGCUGUCUCUCUCUUCCCACGUCCGGCGUUUUUCUUUCCUUCUCUACUCUCUCGCGGUGAGAGCGCAGCUAUACAGGUGCGCGUGCACUCGCAUCGAUCAAGAGGACAACAUUCACGAGAGAAAAAUGAAUUACGGGGAUAUGUCGAACGUCGAUCCUGCCAGAAGUCUGCGAAGGAUCGCCCGGCACGACGAGCCGGAGUUCAGCAACGCCAGCAUCCUGAACAGUAUGGAGAAAUUCGUGCGCACCGUGAGCGAGAUGGAGGACACCAUCCUGGUGCCCAGUCGUCUGCUGGAUCUGUCAGUGGGCGACGCAGGUGACACGAUGUGCAUGAAGGGCAAGCGUGGCUAUACGAUUCAAGACACUCUGGCCAACACCGAUCUAUACCGCCUGUACAACAUCAUCAAUCAGAUGAAGAUCGAGCUGCUCUGGUCUCAGGAACCCAGGACCGAGGCGGACGAUCAGCUGAUCAAGAAUCAUCCGGUCGGCAGCCCGUCCGCCGACCUGCAUCACUAUCCUGUUGUAACCGGCGCCAGAUUGGGCCACGUGCGCUGCCCCAGCACUACUUCGAUGCAGAGCGUCCAGAGCGCGUCCUCGAUCGCGUCCACCUCCGAUUCGGACUCCGAGGUCGGCAUCGAGAUCGAUAGCGGGCUCGAGGGCGAGGAGUGUGCCGAUCUGGCGAGUAUCGCCGCGCUCAACUUCAAACGUCAUCUGCGCGGCCUUCAUUGCAGCAUCGCCCGCAUGACAGAGGCUGCCGAAUACCUGACGCUACGAUAUCAAGCCGACGUGGGCGGGCAAGUCUGAUUCGCCAUUAUCUGCGCGUCGAUCGUCAUCGCGUCAAUUGGCAUUAUGAGCAGAUACCGUCGCGACCUCGCCACCGCCUCGUCGUUCAACCUCGCGGACCGCGCUUCCGCGACUUCGCUUGAUUUUAUAAAACUCCGACGGAGUCUCUCGAAGGCCGCCAAUUACGCGGGUUGCGAAACUUCCUCUGAUUUUUCCCGUCUGCAGAGAUAUGUUGUAAAAUCGACACGUUAUUUCACUCUGUAACUCAUUGUUGCUGAUUGAAGUAUGCUAUUCAUGUGCGCUUUAGAUAGAAAUAAGUUGCAAUUCUUCAAUAAUGUAAAUUGAGACAAUAAAUUUUCCCCGGUUAUGUAGAGUGGAACGCGCAUAAGUUAUCAUUUUUCAAACAAAAUUGAUACUGCGAGAUAAGAUAUUUGUUUUUAUGAUAUAGUGAGGAGAUAAGAGCGUUUUAGUUCUGUUCUAAUCUUGCACACGCGACAGAAACCAAUUGAACAAAAUUAAACGUAAAGAUCUCAGGCAAAUAUAACUGUAUGUAUAGCGAUUUAAACUAUUCUUUCUUUAUUCUGCCGCACAUGGAGCAUACUGCGAUUUUAAACACAGGGUUAGCUGUUAUGCGUCAGUUAAACGACAUAAUGAAGGUGAAUAUAAAACAGAAAUAUCACUCUUAAAGAAGAUGCGUAAUUACUUAGUUUAAAUCACUCUUACUCUGCAUCGCAUCCUAGAUUGCAAUUUCUCAUACAAUUUUCUUUUAAAACAUAUAUUGACAAUAAUAUUUUAUUCUUCUUUUCUUUGUAUAAGAAAAUUAAUGUUAAUUUAAAUCGAUUGCUAUAUUUUGAUUUCAAAAUUAAGAAAAUUUAAUUUGUAAAAAAAUAUAGAUUUUCUAUAUGAAAUUGAUACAUAAAAUAGCUAGAAUAUGUAUUAAUUCUAUACAUCAUUAUAGAUGUAUUUAAAAGAUAAUUUCUAGAAUACGUUUGAUAUGUAUAAUUUAUUGAUUGUUAAUGAAUAUAAUUUAUUUAACGAUUUAUAUUUGUCACAUAAUUUUCCAUUGAUGUUGGAAACUAUACAGACAGAUUUUGCGUCAAAUAAACUUUAAAGAUAUCUCGACAUGAUCGAGAAUAUAUAAAACAGAAAUAUUGUUAGAAAUUUGGACACUUUUAAAAGUUAUUUGUAAAUUGCAGAAACGUUGAAAUACAUUAAGAAGUGGUAUAUAUUAUCAUUAAAUGUUACUUUAUGAAAAAGAAAAAAACAAAAUUUAUUGUAAUAUAAGUCAUGACCAAUGGUCCAUAGUCGAAUUACCGAAUUACCUCUGAAUUAUUGUAAAUACUACUUCGAAAGAGAACGCAGAGAUGCAUUUUGGAGAUUGCAGCUAAGUAAGAUUGUACAAACUAUCGAAUCUUGUAAUCUGCAUCUAACUGGAAGUUGUUGCAUCAGCUCCAUCAAAUAUUUUUGUUUCUUGUUUCUUAUUUGGAUUUUUUUUUCAUUUUGUGAGUGAAUUGUCGAUAUUAUCAAAUUGUAUCUGAUACCGCGGCGAUCGACAUUAACGUGUAAAUAUAUACGUAGUGAUAUGAUUAUUUAUUUCUACGAGUAAAGUUAAUAAAAGAUAUUGUUUAACUUAAGUUGUGCGAGUUGUGAAUGUAACUCGCCAAGUAUCCGAUAAGAGUUGUAAGAAAUCCGAUGAGAGUUAUAAAAAAGAAACACCGAUAUCGAUUGAUACACAUUUCUAAGAAUUCCGGAUUUUGGAAACUCGUACCUUUAAUUUAAAAUAUAUGUGAAAUAUAUAUAGAAUCGAUAUAUAGAUGUUUUCUUGACGCGUCGAUAUUGUAAUUUUCAACUGUACAAUUGUAUAGAUUUUGUGUAUCAAAUUUAUACAAAAUAUGCAGCUAAGGGUUUCUUAAAUGAAUAUUGAUAGGAAAAGGCAAAA